AUGAAAGUCGUAAAGGGGAAGGAGAGCUUCGUCAUGCCAAGCAACAGCAUAAUGGAUAAGUACGAUGAGGAUCAUCCGGAAUCCUGCAAGGAGUUCAGGCACUGCGGAUCGCGUGCCAGCUUUCGGUCCUUCCCCACUCAGCAUUUUCAGCCUGCUCCGUCACUCGCGAAGGCGAAACAGGAGAAGCCUCACUUCGUCGGUCAUUACAUGCGUGCGCUUUGGUAA